UUAUAAAGCAAACAAGCAUGUCCAAUAUGGUCGGGUUGAUAGACCCUUCAAGCAUACCAGUUGGGGAAGGUAAUGCUGACCACAAAUCAGAGGUGCUAGCAACCCGGUUGCAGCAAGGGUCAGCUGACCAAAUACUUUUGUUAUCACUGGAUCCUGACCAUAAUCAGUGAAGACAAAGAAGUAUGCUACUUCAUGGACCCUCUUCAACGGUAUUUCAUGGACCCUCUCCGACGUAGCAUGUGUGAGGAAGAAUGGAAAUAUGUUGUGAACAAUGGAAUUAGACAAUUUAACAUGGAAACGGGUAGGGGCUUCCGAAAACAACCUCUGUGGAAAGUAUUGAUGGGUCCUAAACAACCCUCAAAUAUGGAGUGUGGGUAUUAUGUGAUGCGAUACAUGAAAGAAAUCAUAGAAGGUCAAGACCUUUCCUUUGCAACGAAGUGGGAUGGGAGGAAGCUAAAUGCCUACACACAGAUAGAACUGGAUGAGGUGAGGUGCGAGUGGACGGACUUGGUCAGUAAUUAUGUGUAGAUGUUUGGUCAUUCGAAUGAGCUGGAAUGAUAUAUCUGCCAAGGAUUAUGGAAUUAUAUAAAUUGAUUCUAUUGUCUGGUAAGUUGAGUAGGAGUUACUUCAACUAAGUUUGAUGUUCCUUUUGUGUGUGGUUAGGAAUACGCCCUUCAUUUUGUUGUAAGUUUGCAGUGACAAUUUAGUGUUCUUAAGUCG